UGCAAACAUUAAGUUUUCUCUAUAGGGAAGGUGAAUGAUGCGCUCAUAAUUUUUUUUGGAGUAAAUAUUUGCACACCGACAUCAAGGCCUUUCACAGAAGGCUGAUUAUUAUUAUCAAUUUUUUGUUUUUUAGAGAAAGGAAAGAAAGAGUUAAGUGCGCGCAUCCUGGACCCCUGAAGGAACAGACCUCAGGAGAAGGGCUGCAGACUGGACUGAGGUUGGAGCUAAAAACAUAUCGUUGCUGGCUUAGCAGCAUCAACCAUUGAAGAAACGGUAGUGGCUUACAUGCAGUUCGGUGUUAUAUCAGUAGAGGGAGCAGCGGACAGGAAAGCAGUCGCGUCAGACGGGUGACGUCAGUGACAGCUCAUCAUGGCGGUCGAUUUGACUCCUCGGUUCCGAAGGUUGAACAGCCAGACGCGGAGUUUACGUGAAAACAUGCACCAGGGUUUCUCGGGCCCCUUUGGAGCCACCCAGCUUUGGCACAGCAUCAUUCACGCCCUCCACACCCAAGUGGAGGUCCGGCGCUGUCGCAGGCACCUACGAAUCCAUGCUGAGACCUUCACGGGCUCCGACGCCGUGGAUGCCGUCCUCAGUUAUUUGAUGCAGAACGUGGCCUUCUGCACCAGCGAGGUGUCUCGGCUGAAGGCAGCCAGACUUUGCCAGGCUCUGAUGGAGGCCAAAGUCUUUGAACCGGUGGGGACCAAGCUCUUCCGCAGGGACAAGGAUGUUGCGUUUGAGGACAGCAGUGGCAGCCUUUACCGCUUUCUGGACUAUAAGGGCUUGCAGAGUGAUCUUCACAGCUCAAGCAGUGGCUCAAAGAACUUGACAAACCGGCGAGUGGAGAUGAAAAGAAGCCAUAGAUCCAGGCUGAAUGAGCUGAGAACCAUCUCCAAUCCUCUCACUGUGGGACCCUCGGACAGAAAAGUGGAGAGGCUUCUGAGGACUAUAAACCUACAACCAUCUCAGAACCAAGUUCCCAAUGAUGCGUCCUUCCUGUCCAAGACAGUGGUGGAGGAGAUUUGGAAGCAGCAGACAUUGCUCCAGCUGCUUCAGAUUGUGGAGCUGCCCAUGCUGGACUGCAUCCUGACUUCACCAGCUAGAGUUCACCUGGAUGCUGCUUCUGCCAACCAGGAUUUGGUCAUCUCCAACACCUGCCUGGAGCGGGAGCUGCCAGAAGCCCUCAAACUGUCCCACCUGGACGAGUGGCUGUCAGCAGCAGCGGAGUGUCUGGAGCUCUUCCCUGACCAGCUCAUCGUGGUCACUUCAGAGCAGCUCCACCAGUGCAGCGAGCCAGACUCCUCAGAUGAAGGGAAGAUAAGCCGGAAAAGCAUUCUGUUUGACAUCAUUGCCAAGUACUACGGCGGACAGGGCAGGGCUUCCUUCUUGUCUGGACGCUACCUGGACAUCCAUGUGGCCAUUCUGAAGCUGCUAGGUGAUGGGAAGAUGCCUGAAGCCCUCACAGCUUCGCAGCUCUGCCUGCGGCUGCUGGAGCCCAGUGUGAGGGAUGAACUUCGCAGGCUUCUGGCCUUCAUGGCUGCCGCUGCUGAGCCGAGCGCCUGCCGUCUUCAAAAACAGACAGAUAACAGGGCUCUGGUCGUCCGCACCUUUCAGCGGGCUGUGGUCCAAAACCCAGAGCUGACGCGAUGGCAGUGUGAGACCCUGGUGCAGUUUCUGAUGGACAGUCACACCACACUUUUCCAGGUUCCUUCCUCUCUGACUGACGCUGUUCAGAAGACACUCAGGACAAUGCAGAAGGGCGGAGACUUUGACUCCAUCACCACCUUCACCUUCUGCCAGCAAGUAACGCCCCAGGAGUUUGAGGACCGGCGGGAAGCUGCCACUCUGGAGAACCUGAAGCAGCUUCUUCACCAUAUCUCCUCCAACAAGGAGCUGCCCGUCAAGGAGAAGAGGCAGCUGCUCAAAGAGUUUGAGAAACACCAUCCUGUCGUCUUCCUCCAGCAUCUCUCCAGCUCCUCCUGACACCCUGAGGGAAGCGCGGAGAGCCCAGCUUGACGCACUUGACUCUUGAUUUUCAGCACUUGCCAGUUCUUGAAGGUCUUUUUAGAUUUUGCUCUCAUGAUUGAUGUUGAAUCAGUUUUAAUACUUGAGCGUCAUCUACACUGCUCAUGCAGAUGUUGAUCCAGUGAUGCCUUUUGUGUGCACUCAUCUUCCCAGAAACUUUGGAGGUCGUGGAUGAACUAACUGUAAACAGGUUAAAGAUAAUCUGAUCCACACUGUUAGUUAAUAACAAAAUUGUGUCAAAGGGAAACAUUGUCUUUUUUAUAAAAAAUAUGUCUUUUAUUGAACUAAAUGCUGUGCAUUGCCUGCUGAGAGGGAAGGUUAUAAUCUCUAACUGAAGUCUGUAACCUGUGAACCAGAGGGGUAUUUGAGUCAUUCGCAAACGUUUUCCUUAAUUGUUGUUUACGCAUUUUUGUACGAUGGCUGGAGAAAACUGGCAUGUGGUUUGUUAGCUGGUUAUUUUUAUAUUUAAAAAAUAACCCUUUCAUCUGACUGCGUCCUGUGGUCAAUUUGCAUAGAAUUGAGCACUUCUACUCUCAGGAAUCUUCUGAAUGGCAGUCUUCAUUUGUGCCGUUUCAUGAACCAACCAGCUGUUAAAUUAAAAAAAGCUCACAUCGCUGGUCAAAGCCAGUAUCAGAU